GUACUCCAGUUUCGCUGGAAGCAUCGGUGGAGAGAAGGAUCAGAAUGCGUCGCUGAAGUCGCCAGUGGAGGGAGAGCUGGCCAACAGCAGCGAGAGCUCAGAUCUGAGGAGAGAUCAGGUGGAGGUGACUGGUGCUGGCACUGUCGUCGUUGCGAGAGUGCCAGCACAAGCACCGAUUGCUCACACCGAACGAGCUGCUCGAGCAAGCUCCGCGGAAGCAGAUCCCGCGCAGGCAGGCUCUCCCAAAGUGGAAGCCGCUGUCUCAGCCCAGGCCGAGCACAGCUUGGAGUCAGUCGAGGCGCCUCCCGUGCCCAGCACGGGAAGGCCGCAGGCAGCCCCCGGCGUUUCCGCAGGGACAGGGACUGACACGGCCACAACAAAACCAGAUUCGGCAUCGCCACCCUUACCACAGCAGCCUGGGUCUGGCCCCCUGACACCUCUGCAGGCGCGGCCCGUUAGUGAAGCAGAUGCGGCCGCGCCCAUUCAGAUGCCACUGCCAGCCCAGACUCCCCGUGUCCUUGCCUCGGCACCGCCGCAGCCCUUGCAAAUGCAGACUAGCGACCCUGUACAAAGCUUGCCAGCACAGGCUACCGCAGCAAGGGUAGACGAUUCAGCCGCCACACAGCACCAGCUGGACAGCUCCAGCCGUGUGGGGGAGGCUUCGAUUCAGUUGCACGGUGAUGCUCGGCAGUUGGCUGACAUGCCUCCUGCAACGGUGCAAGAAGUGCGUCCAGCUGUACCACUAUCACCCGACGAGUCUGCCGUCGGAGGGCCUUUGAAACCAGCGGAUGUCGGCACAAUUCCUGCUGGCGAUGGUGCGAUCCCAGCCAAGCCGAAUGCGGCAACUGCCUCGCCGGCCGUGCAGCCUGAGCCCGUGCAAAGCGAGCAGCCGGCAAGCGUCCAGGCGCCAGCGCAGCCCCUGCUUCCGACAAGGAAUUCUCCCCUGCUUGUUGCUGGAAAUGCCACCCAGGAAGCUCCGGCAACUUCCGUUCAACUUGUGCGACCUCCACCGGCGCCACCGCCGGUUUCGGCAGAAGGAAACACCCGCAGCGUGCCGGUCAACAACUCGUCUCCAGAGCCGGACAGUCAACUCUUGCUGAAGAAAACGGCGCCUGUGACCAGUGAAGCUGCGGCCGCCUCGGUCGUGGCAGGCCAGGUGGCAGCUUUGUCCGGAGUGCCAAUUUCCGUCGCGCCCGCUGGGUCUCCAACAUCAGCAACAGCGAGCAACAAGUCCACGAUCACAACACUGAGGACAGAGCCGGCGCAGCAUCUAUCUAUUGCGCCAGCCAGCCUCGCAGAGCAAGGGGUCCAGGCCAGCCAGGUCCCACUUGCAUCCGGCAUGAUGCCUGCUACGGGCAUGGCAACAAUGCCAGCAGUGAAUGGUGGUGCUUCCGUUAUGAUGCCAGGCAUGGCGACCGCUCCCGUAGCAAUUGCAGCAAACCCCACUACAACUCCAGCCCCCACCACAGCUGCACCAACUACGGCAGCAGCCACCACUGCAGCGCCUACCACUGCGGCAGCUACCACCGCCGCUGCUACAACCGUCGCGGCAACCACGGCUGAAAAAGAAGGCGAAGAUGAGAAGGACGGCGACGACAACGAUGGGGGCAGCCCUGAAGGAGGACAUAACGGCAGCCAUGAAAUCGUUGCUGUUGGCUCCGGCCGGGCCGAGGAGGCCGUCCUCGAUAACAGCAGUGCCGAACCAACCGGAGCCGACGCUCCCAAGGCGAAAGUCAUGGGAAUGGAUCAGCAGCUGCUUCUUACCGGUGUGGCGGCCGUGGUGCUCAUCGUGGUGGUGCCGGUAGGCACAGAACCUUGCAGACUGGAGCAAAACACCGACGAAGUAGUUUCCUCUGAGCGUGGGGAUGCAGAGUGUCUUCUGCUGUUGCUGCCGGAGAAAGUAGCCCGGCGCCGUCGUGGGAACUUCAGGCUUUUGGCAGAGUUUGAGCGGACUGCUAUCAUGUUCGUCACCAAGUUCUCUUCGGGGGCCGGCAUGGCCCGGCUCUCAGGCAGCGAGACCUCUGGAGACGACCUUGUGACGAAGCUGAGCCCCGGCCCCAGGGUGCGUCCCGAGCUAGGUCCAGGCUACCCGCCCAGGCCCGUGCUGAGCAUGCGAGCUCAAGUUGACGGGCUGCGGAAAGUCAUUGGAGUGAGCUCGGGCAUGCUACUGCCAAAGCGCAAGUGCACCGAUCGAUUUUGCAUCGUGUUGUUGGUGGCCUUCAUGUACCUCUACAGACGAGCUCGGUCAGAGGGCGACCUCGCCAAGCUGCAGGAUCCCAAGUGCUCCUGGGGACGAAGGACCCACGGAUUCGACUGGACAGGAAAGAUAUGUGGUGUUGACGAGGCUGUCCGAGACAAGCCGCUUCUCUUUUGGUGCACCCCCAACGGUGAGGAGGGCCUGACACUGCUGGAUGGCAUCUGCGUUGCUCGAUGCCCCAGUCCCCCUGCCAUGUUUGCCCUCUCCUGCAGAUGGCACCUUCUGCUUAGCACUUUGAGUGCAGGUUCCAGUUUCGAAAGUUUGGCCGAUUGCUUGGUCCUCCCCGGCCUGUGGCGGCCGGUAGAGUUGCAGGAGGUGGAGGUGAAGGAAUUUCUGGAUCCCUGCGGUGGCCUGAGUUUCACCAGUUGGACGCGCUUCUCUGUGAUGCACCCCUUCAGCAGUCGGCUGGAUGACCGGCUGGCGAGUGACAGAGUUUCCGAGCAACCAAGCACCGACAGGAGCAAGCUCUGGUCAAGGCAGAAAGUGCAUGCCGUGCUGGUGGGGUGCGUGCAUGGCGCAGGGUUUGCAAACGAACUCUUUUAUGUCCGAAGUGGUGUGAACAAGAUGCGCAAGUUGCAUUGUUUCCAGUUUCACCCGGCAAGUUAUCUUGGCUGGUCAAGGAGCCGCAGAAAGCUGGCGGUUUCUGGUUUUAGUUGCGAUUGCCUGCAUAGUCAUCGGCUAUGUCUUUCUCUUUGUAAUUUGGCACUCCUUCGAGAAGCUCGUCUAUGGUCUGAUUGUAGCAGUGCACGUUGCUCUCCUGGCAGUUGCUGGGGCCAGGCACCCAGGACGCUCCCGGUGUUUCUCUUCGUCAGCUUCCACCCAGCGCCGGGGGCUUCCAACGUGGUUUUCGAUUCCUUCCUGGCAUCGCGCCCACCUGACGGCUGUGCUAGCCAGCGAUGGGCAGCUCUCAUGGCCAAG